AUGAUGAGAAGCAAUGAAUUCACUCAAGGUAUUCCUGUUCAAGAUGAAAAAGGAGAAGUAUUAGGAUCGUCUGUGAUUGUACCCUAUUACGCCAUCCCGCAAGUCACGCUUAGCCGAAUAGGCAUGGCAGUGCCGAGUAUGGUGUUCGGUCCAAUAGUCUUUCAACUGUUCUCAAAAAUGAGGCACUAUAAGCAAUGGAUGGCCACUCCUAUUCAAAUUCUAAUAGCAGGAUUCUUCUUGACGUUUUCCACACCACUUUGUUGUGCCAUUUUCCCUCAGAAAUCGUCGAUCCCCGUGAAAAAGCUGGAACCUGGACUGAGGAAGCGGAUCGAAGGUCGCGAAGAUGCUCCCUCUGUCGUGUACUUCAACAAAGGCUUGUAA